ACUGACCUGAGUGCCCACGCUGGCUCCGACCGCUUUCAGAGCCGGGAGCCGAGGGCACUGCGGCUGCGCAGGCAUGCCGGGGGCGGGGCUUCGGGGCUGAGCGGCCCUCGAGGAGCGGCUGUGGGAGGGCCGGGUAAAUCCGGAAUGAUUAGCCGAGGGGCUGCUCCGCCCCUGGCUCCUCCCGCUCGGCUUCGGGGUGACACGGGGCUUCGCCGCGGGCAGGGCGGAGGGCAGCAAGUGAGCCGGCGGCGGGGUGGCGGCGGCCGGCCUGUGAGCGUGAUCUAUGUACGAGACCAGCUACCACUGAAGAAGUGUUGGAGUAGUUGCUGAAACUGGCCUUUAUUGACCUGAGACAGUCUAUUUGUUCUACGUAUUUUUUUUGUUUAUUUCACUGCUUUGAGCUUUACUGUAACGGCUGAGAAACGUGGAAAAUAAAAUAACAUGAUAUGGUCUUGAACCUUCUUUUUGAGGAAACUUUAAAGUGCCAGAGUGAAAAGCCAGAAUGGCAGCCAGAGAGAGGCUCUUUGAACUUUGGAUGCUUUAUUGUACAAAGAAAGACCCAGAUUACCUGAGACUGUGGUUGGACAAUUUUGUUUUAAGUUAUGAACAAUUUUUAGAUGUUGACUUUGAAAAGCUGCCUACAAGGGUAGAUGACAUGCCUCCAGGAAUAUCUCUGCUUCCUGAUAAUAUUCUGCAAGUUCUGAGGAUCCAGCUGCUACAUUGUGUUCAGAAAACAGCAGAUGGGUUAGAGGAACAACAACAAGCAUUGUCAAUUUUGCUUGUAAAAUUCUUCAUUAUUCUUUGCAGGAAUUUAUCAAAUGUAGAAGAAAUUGGGACUUGCUCUUAUAUUAAUCAUGUCAUUACCAUGACAACACUGUAUAUUCAGCAAUUAAAAAGUAAAAAAAAGGAGAAGGAAAUGGCUGAUCAGACAUCUAUUGAAGAAUUUGUGAUCCAUGCUCUGGCAUUCUGUGAAAGCUUGUAUGAUCCAUAUAGAAAUUGGAGACAUAGAAUUUCAGGACGAAUCCUUAGUUCUGUGGAAAAGAGCAGACAGAAGUACAAACCGGCUUCUCUCACAGUGGAGUUUGUUCCUUUCUUUUAUCAGUGUUUUCAGGAAAGUGAACACCUCAAGGAGAGUCUUAAAUGUUGCUUAUUACAUCUGUUUGGAGCCAUUGUAGCCGGUGGGCAGAGGAAUGCUUUGCAAGCAAUUUCUCCAGCCACCAUGGAAGUUCUUAUGCGAGUUUUGUCUGAUUGUGAUUCAUGGGAAGAAGGAGAUCCUGAGGAAGUGGGUAGAAAGAGAGAGCUAACUCUGAAAUGCCUUACACAAGUGGUGCAUAUCCUUCUUACUAGCAGCUCUGACCAGCGUCAGGUGGAAACCAGUACCAUACUGGAGAACUAUUUUAAGUUGCUUAAUUCUGAUCACUCAGCUUUACCUAAGCAGGGGAGGUCCAGACGGUGGGAAAGCCAGUUCAUAGCUCUGCAGAUCAAGAUGCUCAAUACCAUCACAGCCAUGUUAGAUUGCACAGACAGGCCUGUUCUUCAGGCCAUUUUUCUCAACAGUAAUUGCUUUGAGCAUCUCAUACGACUUCUACAGAACUGCAAGCUAUUUUUAAAUGCUCACAGUAAGGUGACAGACAAGAAUGAGAAAGACCUUGCCAACCAAUUACUGACAGAGAUGAGUGAGGACCAGGUACUCCAGGGGCAGUUGGAUUGCUUGGCUGUGUCAGCCAUUCAGGCUUUGACAGCAGUGAUGAAGAAUUCUCCAGCUGCUAAGGAAGUAUUUAAAGAAAGAAUUGGCUAUAUGCACAUGUUUGAGGUAUUAAAAUCUUUGGGCCAGCCACCACAAGAGCUGCUUAAAGAACUCAUGAACAUGGCUGUAGAGGGUGAUCAUACUUCAGUUGGCAUUUUGGGCAUUAGUAAUGUCCAUCCUCUCUUGGUUCUUAUCCAGUGGCUUCCGGAACUAGAAUCCCAUGACCUACAAAUCUUCAUCUCUGAUUGGCUGAAAAAAAUUUGUUGCAUUAAUAAACAGAGCAGAACUACCUGUGUGAAUGCAAACAUGGGAAUAAAAAUCAUUGAAACCCUUGAAUCCCAUCCUUCCCUGCAUCGAACUUGUGCUGAGAACUUGAUUGCAAUCCAUGGUUCAUUGGGAAGUCAGUCGGUGAGCGCAGAAGAAAUCCGUCGGCUUCUACGAUUGCUGAGAGUAGAUGAAUCAGAAUGUAUUCACCCAUACACCAUUCCUGUGACUCGUGCAAUCCUAACAAUGGCACGGAAACUUAGUUUCGAGAGUGCACUGCAGUAUUUUAAUUUGUCACAUAGUAUGGCAGGAAUUUCUGUGCCUGCCAUUCAAAGAUGGCCUGGGUCUGCAUUUUCCUUCACUGCUUGGUUUUGCUUGGAUCAGGAUCCAUUAACCCUUGGGAGUGCUAACAAAGGAGGAAAAAGAAAACAAUUAUAUAGCUUUUUUACAGGCAGUGGAAUGGGCUUUGAAGCUUUUAUAACCCACGUAGGUAUGUUGGUUGUAGCAGUGUGCACGAAGAGAGAGUAUGCAACAGUUAUGCUUCCUGACCAUAGUUUCUGUGAUUCUCUCUGGCACAACAUCACCAUCGUUCACAUGCCUGGAAAAAGGCCCUUUGGCCAGAGUCUUGUCUAUAUUUAUGACAAUGGACAACAAAAGGUUUCUGCCCCUCUCAGAUUUCCUGCUGUAAAUGAGCCAUUUACUUCCUGUUGUAUUGGUUCAGCUGGGCAAAGAACCACUACUCCUCCACCAUCUCAAAUCCCAGACCCACCAUUUUCUACUCCCAUUACCCCUCACCGGACAUCAUUUGGUGGAAUAUUGUCAUCAGCCUCCUGGGGAGGAACAAUUGAAAAAUCGAAAUUGUUUACCAAAUUAAUUUCAGCUGGAACCCAAGAUAGUGAAUGGGGUUGUCCCACGUCUCUGGAGGGCCAGCUAGGCUCUGUGAUGAUAUUCCAUGAAGCUCUGCAGCCUCCUCAGGUCAAGGCCUUGUAUUUAGCAGGUCCAAACUGCUUAAGCCCUUGGAAGUGUCAAGACUGUGAUAUGGCCGAUUUGCCAAGUAACGUCCUCCUUCACUACACAGGAAAGGCUUGCAAAAAUUCAAUUUGCCUUGACUUGUCUACUAAUUGUUUGCAUGGAAGAUUAACAGGAAACAAAGUAGUGAAUUGGGACAUUAAGGACAUCAUCAACUGCAUAGGUGGGUUAAAUGUACUGUUUCCUUUACUGGAACAAAUAAGCCACUUUAAUGAAGGACAGACUUCUGAAGCAAUGAGUGAAAACACAGUUCCUGAAUUAGUAACACCUAGUGAACAAGAAUGUAUGGGAUUGGCCUCCACAAGGGCAUCAGAGUCAAGGCUGGAGAAAAAUCUAAUUGCAACAUUUAUUUUGAUUGUGAAACACUUUAUUCAGAGACAUCCUAUCAACCAGGACAAUCUGAUUCAGUCCCAUGGAGUUGCAACUCUUGGUGCUUUACUUCAGAAGGUGCCAGGUUGUCUAAUGGAUGUUAAUGUAUUGAUGGCAAUUCAGUUACUAAUUGAACAGGUAUCAUUAGAAAAAAACACACUGUUACUUCAACAAAUGUAUCAGUGUUUACUCUUUGACUUCCGUAUUUGGAACCGUGGAGAUUUUCCUUUUCGGAUUGGCCAUAUACAGUAUCUUUCGACGAUCAUUAAAGACAGCAGGAGAGUUUUCAGGAAGAAGUAUGGUGUGCAGUUUCUCCUGGAUACACUUAGGAUUUAUUAUGGGCAUGGUUCUACAUGUAAUGAACUAUCUUCAGAUGAUAUUCAAACAAUAAGGACUUCUUUGUAUGGGCUAAUUAAGUAUUUUCUUUGUAAAGGUGGAACUCAUGAAGAAAUACAAAGUAUCAUAGGUUACAUAGCUGCUACUAGUGAAGAAGAACAGCUCUUGGGAAUUUUGGAUAUACUCUUCAGUCUUCUACGAACCAGCCCAACUAGAGGUCAGCUUUUCUUACUGAUGUUUGAACCAGGAAAUGCUGACAUACUUUAUGCCUUGCUGUUAAAUCAGAAGUACUCUGACAAACUAAGAGAAAUCAUUUUUAAGGUCAUGGAACAGAUGUUAAAAUGCACAAAUGUUUAUGAACGUAGUAAACAACGUAUCCGUCUUAGAGAAGUUGGCUAUUCAGGAAUUGGACUCCUCCUUAAUGAAGCUCCAGUUAACACAUCUCUUAUUAAAAACCUUGUUAACCAAAUCAUUAAUACAGAUCCUGUUAUUAAUUUCAAAGAUCUAUUAUCUAUGGUAUAUAUCUGUCACAGAACACAUGUAAAUGUCAGAGUGGUCCUUUGUAGAAAGAUAUUACAGAUUUUGCAGUCCCAGCCAGAUGCGGCAUACCAGAUAUCACAACAAGUGGGUUGGCAAGACACUUUUGUUAGACUUUUCUUAAAAGCAAAUUUUGAAAAUGCAAAUUCUCUUAACAAACAUGGGAAGACAGUUUCAGUGAAAGAAAAUAAAAAUAUGUCAACUGAAGAUGUUAAGAGGAACUUUGAAAAACUCGAUGAUGAAAAAAUGACAUUAGCUGACGUAUCUUCAGACCAUUGGAGUUUGGAAGAUAAUCAGUCCCUGAACUCAAACACACCGUUAUUUCAAGAAGAUAGCUCUGAAGGAGAAUUAUCUUUCAAGUCAGAGAAUCAAGAAGAAUUCUGGCAUAGUAACACUUCCCAUCUGAGCUUAGAUCUCAGUGGAGUUGACACUUGUGAACUGAGCGAUAGUGGAAGUCAAGUGCCAGACAGCUCACCUAGCACUCCAUCCCCAGUAGAGUCUACUAAGUCAUUUUCUGUGCAGUCUGACAAAGAAAGAAGCAUCACAAAUGAAAUGGCCUUCAGUGAUGACUUCUCUUUUCUUGAAAGCCAAGAGACAUGUGAAGAAGAACUUUUUCAGCUGCUUACAAAUAUUUUGAAUUAUGUUAUGUGUAAAGGACUAGAAAAGUCUGAUGAAGACACUUGGAUUGAAAGAGGACAGGUGUUUUCAGCACUAACUAAACCAGGAAUAUCAAGUGAGCUGCUUCGACCCUCAGAUGAAGUAAAACUAACUUUGCUACAGAAGAUGUUAGAGUGGGCAAUCACAGAAAACAGAGAUGCAAAAAGUAGUCCUGUAACUGCUGAAAAUGCCUUCCGACUCAUGUUGAUCAUACAGGACUUUCUGCAGUCAGAAGGAUUGGUUAAUUCAAGCAUGUGGACUGAGAAGCUUUUAGAAGAUACCACGCAGCUCCUUGACUGUCUGUCCGUAUGGUAUUCUGAGAAUCCAGUAUGGGUUAAACUCUCUCAGAUUCAGAUCCAACUGCUUCUAGAGUUCAUCGGAAGAGGCAGUUUGCAGGUUUGUGCAAUGGCAUCAGCUAAGCUCAAUGCUCUUCUUCAGACCAAAGUGAUUGAAAGUCAAGAUGAAGCAUGCUAUAUUUUAGGGAAACUAGAACAUAUUCUAAGUCGGUCAAUCAAGGAACAGACAGAAAUCUACUCAUUUCUGAUUCCCCUUCUCCGGACUCUGGUUUCUAAAAUUUAUGAGCUGCUUUUCAUGAACUUGCACCUGCCUUCUUUGCCUUUUGCUAAUGGAAGUGCUUCAUUUUUUGAAGAUUUUCAAGAAUACUGCAAUUCAAACGAAUGGCAAGUUUACAUUGAAAAAUACAUUGUACCUUACAUGAAGCAGUAUGAAGCUCACACAUUUUACGAUGCUCAUGAGAAUAUGGCACUUUACUGGAAGAAGUGUUAUGAAGCCUUAAUGGUGAAUAUGCAUAAGAGAGACCGAGAAGGAGGAGAAAGUAAGCUGAAAUUUCAGGAGUAUUUUGUGGAGCCGUUUAAUCGAAAAGCCCGUCAAGAAAACUUGCGGUACAAUAAUACGAUUAAACAACUUAACAGUCAGCAGAGGGUGGCUUUCAGACGCUGGAGGGCGAUGCGGCUCUGUCUUACGUGCGAAAGGGGGCCUUGGGCUGAAAAGAAACAGAAUCGAAUACACUGGAAACUAGCUAAUGUGGAAAAUUAUUCCCGCAUGAGACUUAAACUGGUACCAAAUUAUAAUUUCAAAACCCAUGAGGAAGCUAGUGCCUUGAGAGAUAAUUUGGGUGUUCAGCAUUUACAGCCUUCCAGUGAUUCAUUGCUUUUGGAAGUAGUGAAACAAGUUAAACUCAGUGAUGUGGAGGAGGAUAAACUAGAGCUUCUUGAAGAGGACAUGGCAGCCAGAGUAAAUAUUGAUGAGAAGGAAGAACAGGAUCAAAAGGAAAAAUUGGUGUUGACUGAAGACUGUGAACUCAUUACUGUAAUUGACAUAAUUCCUGGCAGAUUAGAAGUCACUACUCAACACAUUUACUUCCAUGAUAACAGUAUUGAAAAAGAAGAUGGACUGGGCUUUGAUUUCAAGUGGCCUCAUUCUCAAAUUCGAGAGAUUCACUUACGUCGUUACAACUUAAGGAGAUCAGCACUUGAGAUUUUUCAUGUUGAUCAGUCCAACUACUUUCUCAAUUUCAAAAAAGAGGUUAGAAACAAAGUAUAUAGCAGACUGUUGUCACUUCAUUCUCCUAAUAGUUAUGGAACAAGAUCACCACAGGAAUUAUUCAAAGCAUCAGGGUUGACACAGAAAUGGGUGAAUAGAGAGAUAACAAACUUUGACUACCUCAUUCAAAUAAAUACCAUGGCAGGACGGACCUAUAAUGACCUUGCACAGUACCCUGUGUUUCCCUGGAUUUUACAAGAUUAUACUUCAGAAGAGUUGGACCUAAAUAACCCCACUGUAUUUCGAGAUCUUUCUAAACCAAUUGGAGUAGUUAAUGAAAAAAAUGCCAAAGCUAUGCGUGAAAAGUAUGAGAAUUUUGAAGACCCGAUGGGAACGAUUGAUAAGUUUCACUAUGGUACUCACUAUUCCAAUUCUGCAGGCGUCAUGCACUAUCUCAUCCGCGUGGAGCCAUUCACUACCCUCCACAUCCAGCUUCAGAGUGGACGGUUUGAUUGUGCAGACCGGCAGUUCCAUUCCAUCCCUGCUACGUGGCAAGCACUUAUGGAUAACACAUAUGAUGUAAAAGAGCUUAUUCCUGAAUUCUUCUAUUUCCCAGAGUUUCUAGAAAAUCAAAAUGAAUUUAAUUUGGGUCAUUUACAAGUUUCCAAAGAACUGGUGAACGAUGUUAUUCUUCCAAAAUGGGCUGAGUCAGCUGAAGACUUCAUUUAUAAACACAGAAAGGCGCUGGAGUCUGAAUAUGUUUCUGCUCAUCUUCAUGAAUGGAUAGAUCUGAUUUUUGGCUACAAACAGAGAGGGCCAGCUGCAGUAGAGGCCCUUAACGUCUUCUAUUACUGUAGUUAUGAAGGCGCUGUAGAUCUUGAUGCCUUAACAGAUGAGAAGGAAAGAAAAGCCUUAGAAGGGAUGAUUAAUAAUUUUGGGCAAACACCUUGUCAGCUGUUAAAGGAACCACACCCUCCAAGAUUAUCAGCAGAAGAAGCCAUUCAAAAGCAGACCAAAACAGAAAUUUCAACCCUAAACCUCUUUCAACACCUCCCUGAACUGAAGUCAUUUUUUAUAGAGGGAAUUAGUGAUGGUAUUCCACUAUUAAAGGCCAUCAUCCCCAAAAAUCAAUCUCGUUCUUUUAUGUCUCAAGGCAGCCCUGAGUUACUGAUAACAGUAAGCAUGAAUUAUGUCAUUGGAACCCAUGGAUGGCUACCAUAUGACCGAAAUAUUUCUAACUACUUCACAUUCAUCAAGGAUCAAACUGUGACCAACCCAAAGACUCAGCGUACUGUGAGUGGUCCUUUUGCCCCUGGACUGGAAAUCACUUCCAAAUUGUUUGUAGUGUCACAUGAUGCAAAGUUGCUCUUCAGUGCUGGACACUGGGAUAAUAGUAUCCAAGUAAUGUCACUUACCAAAGGCAAAAUUGUCUCACAUAACAUCCGACAUAUAGAUAUUGUGACUUGCUUAGCUACAGAUUACUGUGGAAUACACUUGAUUUCUGGUUCCAGGGACACUACAUGCAUGAUAUGGCAAAUAGCACAGCAGGGAGGCACUGCUGUGGGCUUAGCGCCUAAACCCUUUCAAAUUCUCUAUGGACACACUGAUGAGAUACUGAGCGUGGGUGUCAGCACCGAACUUGACAUGGCAGUCUCAGGGUCAAGGGAUGGCACUGUGAUUAUACAUACCGUUCAGAAAGGUCAGUACAUGAGAACCUUACGGCCACCUUGUGAGAGUUCCCUGUUCCUGACCAUUCCCAGUUUGGCCAUAUCCUGGGAAGGACACAUUGUCGUCUAUUCCAGCUUGGAAGAAAAGUCCAUCCUCAAGGAUAAGAACCUGUUACAUGUGUUUUCUAUAAAUGGAAAGUAUCUGGGGUCUCAAGUCCUAAGUGAACAAAUAUCAGACAUGUGCAUUAUCGGAGAACACAUUAUCACUGGCAGCUUACAAGGGCUACUGUCUAUAAGAGAUCUCCACAGCUUGAAGCUCAGCGGCACUCCAUUAGCCAUGCGGUUACCUAUCCACUGUGUUUCCAUAACCAAAGAAUACAGCCACAUUCUUGUUGGCUUAGAAGAUGGCAAGUUGAUUGUAGUGGGUGUUGGCAAGCCAGCCGAGAUGCGAUCGGGUCAGCUUUCUCGAAAAUUGUGGGGAUCUAGCAAGAGGCUCAGCCAGAUUUCAGCUGGAGAAACCGAAUAUAAUACUCAAGAUUUCAAGUGAUUGUUCCUUCUACCUUCUAUGAUGGAGAACUGAGCUUCAUUUAUUGCUUUGUCACUUUAGCUGCAUCUCUCUACUCUGAAAGUCUUUAAGGGUUUUAUCCUGAAAAAUGGACUACCACGCUUUGUUACAUGCCUGUAACACUAACACUUGAGAGGCUGAGGAAGGUGGAUCUUAAGUUCAAGGCCAGCCUGUGCUACAUAGCAAGGCCUUGUCUCGAAAAUAAAUAAGUUGUAGGUUGUAUUAAGUCCAUAUUUAAAGUUUUGCCAAUAUGAGUCUAGUUUUAUUAACCAGUACUAAAAUUCAAUUGAGAAAAUACAUUUGACUUAAUUUAAUAAACUGAUUAAAUAAUUCCAAAUUAUUAAAUCCAUUUAAAAAACAAACUUAUAGUAUUUGAGGUUAAAUUCCCUUAACCUAAGUAGCAAAACUCAAGCUAUUUCUAAUAAAGUAGUUGUAUAGAGAGUUGAGAGAUGUGGCUUUUCAUGUGUUCUUUAGAUAAUCAUUUUUCUGUUUACUGGCCAUUACAUUAAAGACAUCAGUUUACUCAUGAAGCUCCUGGUUAAGGUAAUAACCUUUUAGACAUGUGUUUACCAUUGAAUUUUCAGAAGUUGCAGGUCUGCACAAUUAAAUACAAACAUUGAAAUAGAACAGUGGUUCAUCUCCCUACCCCUAAUAUUUAAUAUAUUGCUAAUAAAAUUUAUUUAAUUGCAACAAAUGUUGAAUAAGAAAAAAGAAAAUCUAGAGAUAAGUUUUGCAAAUGUACUUCAUUAAUAGUAUAUUUAAGCAAAAAAAAAAAAAAAUGCUAAUUAUGGCUUUGGCCAGCCAGUCCUUUGAGUAGCAUUGCAGCACAGUUUACAUCUAUGAAAUUCACAUUUUUGUGCAUCUGUCUUUGUUAAACACUGUAUGUACUCUCUUUGUAUUUAAGCAUUUUUACUGCGAUGAUUAUGAGUUAGCAUCAUGGUUGAUGGGAAUAGCAUUGCAUAAUUCAAAGUAAUCAUUUAGAUACAGUGGCAUUGUGAAAAGUCCCUUUUCUUGCUUGUUCUAUAUAUAUAUAUACAUAUGUUAGGAUGAUAGCUAAUUUUAUUUUAGUUUGUUAAAUAUUACAUUAUAUUUAAAUUUUUAAGUAAAAUAACUGAUUGAUUAAUUUGGAAUUCAAAGUGAUUUUUGUUUGUUUUUGUAAAAUUGACUUUUGAUUUAGGUCAGAGAAGUUUUACAACUGGUAGUAUUGGUAAUUAAAUUCCAUGGGCUUUGGGAAAAUCUGUAAAUCUCUGAAGUUGUAUAGAAAUUUAUAUGUUAAUUUUAUUUUCAAGAAAGAACUAUCGCCUGGCUUUCUUAAAAUGAUCUGUGGGCAGCAACAAAUGAGUUUACUAUGGUAGCCUUUAAAAAUUGUACUUUUUUUUUUAUUCUUAUACCCAUAGAUUUCCUUAUACCUAUUUGUCUUUUCGGUUGAAUCUUAAAGAACUUUUGAUUUUCCAUUUUCCCUCUCCUGUUGACCACAGUAUCCAGUGGCCUUUUCUUCAUAAUUCAAGAAAAUGUGUUUUUUAAAAAUAAAAGAUUAUGUUUAGGGAAAUUUUCCAAUAUUUUGUUAUGUUGGGAGUCAGGAUUAGUAAAACACUGCAAAAUCACUGUCUACUUAGGUAAAAUUACCUGAUUUAGGAAAAAAUAGCUGUGUUUUAGAUAAAUGACAUUAAAAUCAGCUGGUACAAAAGAAGAAUUUGUGUAAAUGUACAGAAUCCUUUUUGAAAAUGUGUUGGAAGUCUCCCAAUGAGUACAGCAGGUGAUGCUCUAUGACACCUGCCUUCUGUUCUGCUCCCUCCCAUCCUCCAGGUGCACAGCCACACCUAAGAGAGUUAGGAGAGCUCAAGUCAGAACCAACGUAAGUGGUUUUUCUCAAUUUGAAAAAUAGUGAUUUAGGAUUAGGGAUAUCACUCCACAGUAGAACGGCCCUUAUUGUUCAGGAUUCUGAGUUUGCUUCCUCACUUGAGUCAGAGUGAUAAGUAGAGGGAAGAGAGACAGAAGAUCACAGAGACAGACACUGAUGGCGUUAAAUCAAGACUCAGGUGUAUCCAUGCAUUCCUUGUUUUGAAAUCACUUAAUAUUGGAUUUAUGAAUUUUUUUACUUAAGAAUUAUAAAAUCUUUGAUAUCUGAAGAAAAAUCCUAAGUGUAUGUGUUUGACUGCUGCCUUUUAGUGGGAAGUAAUAUUUCUUUUAUAACGUGCAUACAAAGCUUUGCUCAGUUUCAUAGAGCUCUGUCCCACAUUACUGCUAGAUGUAAUUAUUCCUGAUAAUUGGGGCUUUUUUUCCUAAAAACUAUAAACCAUAAAUAUGGUAUGAAAGUACUAGCAAUAUUCUUGAAGAAUGAACUUUUGUAUUUAUUAAAACAAGCAAAUCAAUGGACCUAUUUAUUAUCUGAGUAAUAUACUCAGAUAAACAGUAGAUUAUGACAUUAAAAUCACUAGAUAAUAUCACUGGGAAGGUAUGCUUUGACACAUUGGAAUGCAGAUGUUCUCCAUAGAAAUCUCUGUAAGGGAUAGUGGGAGAAAUUAUUAGAAUGGAUUGAUAACUGGGUAUCUUGGUGAAUGAGUAUAAGUUCUCAACUUGGUUGCUUUCAGUGUCAGUUCAUCUUUUCAGAACUUUUCAUCUGCUUUUGCUUCUUGAUAGAGGAAUCAUGAAUAUAAAAAUCGCAGCAUCUGGGUAAUAAGAGCUUUAUUCUCAGAUAAUGUUCUUACUUUUGGAAAGGGAGGUCAGUAGAAGAUGGUGGUGGCUCUGUGUGCGUGCGUGCAUGCUUGUAUACACACAUUUAUAUGGCUGCCAUAUAUUCAGAGAGUAAAACCAUGAGUGUUCUGUCAUUACUUAGGUAAAAUUGAAGAAGAAAAGAAAGAACAAAUCAGAACAUGGAGGUCAGGGAACUGUAGUACAGAGUGGCAGUAAGUCUUUGUAGCCAGAGUCCCCUGCGCUCCUGUGAUGGAGUUUGUAUUCCUUUAAGUUGCAGUAUAUUUCUUUGUAGGAGAAAACGUCUGCAGAAUUGUAAACCUGCUUUUCCUUUUGCCUUAUAGAUAUAUCAGACUAUUUUUCAAAGAACCGAUACUGAAAUGCUGCAUGCUGCUAGAGGAAUAAGUAUGCCCACAGAAGUAGAAUUUAGGCUUAAGGAUGGUCUCUUAAUCUUAGCUUCUUUAUAUUUCUUUUGACAUAGGCGAAGAAAAUUAAGUUGAGUCCCAGUUUUUGUUUGGUGAUGGUAGAGGCAAGGCAUUUGCCUGUAAGUGUAACCUUUUUACUAAAGAUACCUCUAAGGAAAGAUUUGAGUUGAAUUUUGAGAGGCUAGUUUCUUUAAAAUAUUUAUAUUUUUAAAAUAAAUAGCAUCAUCUUUGCCUCCUUUUCAGUAGGAACAUGUGAGUCCUUGGACUGUAUUGAAUAUAAGUGGGGUAUUAACUGCAUAGUGUCUGGGGUGUGAAGGUGUUAGUCUUCUCACUUCCCACAUUGCUAUUCCUGUCUUAACCAUAUCUUUUAGGUGCAAAAUGAAAUAUAUCGUUUGUACCUGCAGAGUCUGUCGUUUUAUUUCUCAUCCAGACCCAUGCUGGUGUUAGUGUUCUGUCUCUAAUAGAAACUCUCCUUAAGCAUCCUUACCAUUGGUGGCAAAUACUCACUCUCAGUCAUUUUUCCUAACCUAUGUGUGUGUGCUUUGCAUUUGAUUUGUCCAUAUAUAGACAUUAUUUUGUAAAAUUUUUUCAUAGUGAUUUUCCUGAUGGCAUUAGGCAACAAUACAAUAUUAUCCAUCUUUAAUAUUAUGUACAGUGUAGGCCAUAGCCAUACUUAUUGAUUUAAAUGUAGUAUUUUCUGUGCCGGUGGUUUUCCCUAACCUGUUGCUGCCUUUAUUAACUAUGUUUCACAUGGACAGAACCACUGCAUUUCCUUUUCAUUAUUGAAAAGCUCACUUAUCUUAUGAAUUCUCUUUAGACCUUUUGUAUUUGAAAAUCAUAGUUAAUUAACAUUUACCUUCAACAAAAUUGUUUCUUUGCUAGAUUCUAUAUGUAUUCUUCCUAGUUCCUAUUAGUCAAUAUUUUCCACACUUAAAAAAUGUAAAAGUUUUCCAGUAUUAGGAAUUGAAUUCAGGGCUUCAUGCAUCCAUGCUAGACAAGAAAAAAAAAAAAAAAAAAAAAAAGCAUUAGCAAGCAGUGUUAAAAGAAAAACAGAAUUGAGUAUCUUGUAGCAUUGAACUUAAAAUGAAUAGAGUUCUUUUAUGAGAAAAGCAUUGGUAAAUUCUCCUGAGUACUUCUGAUGAUGUCUGCAGGUGUGACACAAUAUUGAAUUGAAUAUUAUUUGAUUUUUCAUAGGUUUUAGAGCUUAGAGCUAAUAGAGCAUUAACAUUUGAGAGAUCUGAGCUUGUGCUGCUGAUAUAUCUCAGUGACGGUACACUUGCACAUGAAACCCUAGGUUUGGGAUUUGGGAUAGCAUUUUUCCCACAACCCUGGGAAAAGUAUAGGCCUCAUACACAGUAGGAAGGGUUCUGCCACUGAGCCUUAUCAGUUCAUACAGUUGUUUGUAAUUUGAGAUCCAGUUUAUCUGUAGGUAUUAAUAAAUGUCCUAUGCCUAGGUACUGCUUGGAAUUUUCAGUGAUUUAAUCAGUCCUAGCUCUAAAAAAUUAUAAAUAUAUUAUGUACAUAUAAUGUGUAUAAACAACAUGCUAAAAUUACAGAUGGUUAUAUUUUUAUUUGUUGAAAGUCAUGUGGCCAUCCUAAUAUAGGAUUUAUCUCUUCUCUGAUUUUUAGCUACCAUGAAGUUUAGAAUAUAAAAAUUAUGUAGUUUUCUUCAUUAUUAAAAACCUUAUAUAAAAAUGGCUAUAUUAUCAAUUUCAGUUUCUUGGCAGUCAUAGUUAUUUAUUUCUUAGACCACUGUCUUUACUGAUACUCACCACACAGAAGUGGCUGCUGAACACAUUGCAAGAUUUGGACAUAUAAAAUUAAUUUUUUUCAUGUCAAAUGAAAAAACCCACAAAUAGUGGUAUAUAUAUCUUCCCCUGAAGCAGAAAGCAAAGUGCAUGUCACUGAUUUAGCAUUCUUUUUUCUAAGAUAGAGCUUUCAUGUUCCUUGACAAUGUGUAUCUUACGUAUAUUAGCAUAACGAUAGCCAAAUUUCAUCUUUUGAAAAUGACUCAAUCAGACAAAGUGGUACAUGCAUAGGGUUCCAAUAACUUGGGAGCCUGGGAUGGAAGGAUCACUCGGACCCAGAAGUUCAGGACCAUCUGACAGUGUAGUAAGUUCUCCAUCUCAAAAAUAAGUAAAUAAAUAAUUAACAUUUCAAAGUUGACAACGAUGUGCUGCUGCUCUGUGUGUGUGUGUGUGUGUGUGUGUGUGUGUGUGUGUUCUUAUAGUGGCUUUCUAGUAGUUUACCUUCACUCUUAACUAUCUUUGAAUGAUUACAAAGUUUCACUGCUUUUAUAUUGCUAUUGUAAACUAAACGGAGCAACGUAAGGUAAGUUACAUUGAGAGUAAGAGCAGUUAGAAUUUAGGUGAAAUUGAAAAGUUUUACUGAUUAAAGUGCAAACUAUUUUUAAAACAAGUCUUAUUCCAGUUAAGAUUUUAUUUAAGUAAUAUAUUUCUAUAUACCUUAUAUUAAAAUUACAUACUCUCUGUGAUACGGUAGUAAAAUUGAGAAUUAGGCUUAACACUGGUUUUGUUGGUUUUGUUUUUGAGACAGAGUCUCACUAUGUAGCCUCAGCUGGCCUGUAACUACCUAUGUAGACCAGGCUGCCUUGAACUCAGAGAUCAUCUGCCUCUGUCUCCCAGGUGCUGAGAUUUUCAAGAAUAUACUUAUGAAAAGCAUUAUAUUGUUUUUCAUAAGUAAUUCUGGCAGGGAGAUAUCAGUAGCUAAAAUUUAAUUGAAAACAAUUUAAAUUCUUUCAUAUUCAGUCUAGAAAAACAUUUUUUGGAAGUUUGAAUGUUUUGUUAGAUAAUCCCUAGUGACUUACUUGAUUUCUAUACUCCUUCCAAAAUGAGGUGUUAACGUGGCUCUUACUGCUGAAAGCCUUUUGUAUUUUAGAUGAUUCUUUUUUCUAUUCUGCCUUUUACUUUCAAAGACUGCCUCAGAGACAUCACCACAAAUGUUUUAUAUGUAGCUGCUGCUACUUACAGUCCAUUUCACAGGAGAAAGCUUGUGAGGAGACGGUGUGGCUUCCGGCUAGAUUCUUUUAUAGGCUAAUUUCCUUUCCCAGCUGUUGGAGGGAAAUAAAAAAAGCGGAAAAAAAAAUCAGAUUUCUGGAUAGCCAUUUUCUAUCAAAUUCAUUGCUAAAUUAAGUCAAAAUUAACAUUUGAUGAAUUUGACAGUUUUUCUGGGACUCAGAAGCAUCUCAGUUUUAACAGGGUGACAUGAAUAUGUACAUUGGCUCAGAAGAGUUAACUGAAAAUUCAAAAGGUACUUAGCAGCUGAGUAUGAUGAGAGACCUGUAAUCUCAACACCCAUAGGCUACGGCAGGAGGAUUGCCUUGUCUGUAGGCUACCUUGGGCUACAGAAUGAAGUCUGUCUGUAUCUGUCUGCCUACCUGCCUGCUCUCUUGUCUUUCUGUAUGUCUUUGUCUUUCUGUCUAUCAAUCUAUAUAUCUAUGUCUCUCUCUCUCUAUAUAUAUAUAUACAUGUAUGUAUGUAUACAUAUAUAUGUAUGUGUGUAUGUAUGUAUGUAUGUAUGGGUGUGUCUCUGUCUCUCUCCUCCUCAACAACUUAGAAAUUGUGCUGCUAGUCACUAUUUAAGGAGUCUGUAUGUUUAUCUUAAAAUGUCCCUUUUCAUUUGUUCCACUGGAAUUGACUGAAAAAAAAAAAAAGAAUAGUUACAAGCCUUUUUAUGUUGAAUUAUUGACUGUGCAAACUGUGAUUCAUUGAGUAUUUAUAUGCAAAAGAGGGGGAUUCAAAGUUAAACAGUUUUAGACUUUAUAAGGAUGUAAAUAACUUUAAUUAGCAUUCUGAUAACAAAAUUACUGUUCGGUGCAAUUCAUUCUUUCUGCUCUCCUCCUUUUGAACUUUAGUAUACAAGAUGUAUUUUGUUUUGUCACAUAAGUAUUUUUUAAGAACUUCACUGAAUGUAUAUGAGUUAAUGUUUGAUUUGUUUCUGUAUAGUAUGAUCCAAAAGAGUUGAAAAUUUUGCACUUUGUUAGUCUCUUGGAAAUUUAUAUUCUAAUAUUUUUAAAGAGUGUACAUUUAUUUUGUACAUAAUAAAUUAGCUUUGUAUAUGACAAUGGGUUUGAAUCAAAUAAAAAGAUGGCACUACUUUCA